AUGCCGCCGCUCCUUCGACUGUAUCCCAUCUUCUUGGCUUGCAGCGCUCUGGUCGGACUCAGCUUGUGCCUCUGGUGCGACGCCACUGAACUCGCGAGCCGCCAACAGCACAACGACAGGUCGCUCAAGUACCUGCUCAACAGCGUCCCACCGACGCUGGCGGCUCUGCUCUUGCUAUACUACGCCUGCACGUUCGCACGGCCCUCCAGUGUGUAUGUCCAUCGCAUGAUACUGCACUCCUGUCUCCACCAGAGCGUGGCCAGUCUCAUGCUCGCGUCGCUCGUGUUCUCGGCCUGUCAAGCGUCUCUCAGCUUGUGCUGCACGUUGCCAGCCUUGUGCCCCGUGGACCCAACAGCCCAUCAGCUUCAUCGGAUCGUGGCGUGUCCAGCGUCCGUUGCGCACAUUCCACAUUACAACCUGUGCAUGCGGAUGAUCCAUAGCAGUGCCACAGUCACGACGCUGUUGGCGUUGUCCACUAUUGCAGCUGCCCAAUCCGUCAACGACCUCAAAGCACGAGAGCGUCACGCCACAUUGCUCACGUUUGCCCGGCAGGAACCAGUGCACGAAGCUUCAGCUGCUGUCGAGUUGUAG